CACAAAUACUAUUUGGCUUCAAGAUGGAAAUUUAUUAUCGCUACUAAAUUCAGCCACUUCCGCGUGAAACAACAACAGUUAGUGUUGUGCCACGUCUUUCUAAUUUUUCAUUCUAAAUAUUGCUUUAAAACAGUUGCUUUCAACCCGUUAGCACAAUGCCUGAAAAAUUAGCAAACGUUAUUGUUAAGUUUUACGAUGAAUAUAUGCAAAGUACACCCAAGAAGUUGAAAAUUAUUGAUGCAUACCUUGUUUAUGUAUUGAUCACCGGCAUCGUUCAAUUUGCUUAUUGCUGUCUAGUCGGAACAUUCCCAUUCAACUCAUUUCUUUCAGGAUUUAUUUCUACAGUAGGAUCUUUUAUUUUGGCAGGUAAUUUGACAUUCAAUUUGUAAUAUUAACCAACGGCUCUUAUAUAAGAUACAAAAUUUGGUUUUCUCAUGUUUUGGCAGUGGCUGCUCAUAAUAUUAGACUAGAAAUAAUAAAUUUAUAAUUAGACAGUCAUACACCGCAGCAGUGUACCUCUCUAUUUACUAUAAUUCCAAAAGGCCUAUAGGAAAACGGUAGGGUUAUUUUACAUACAUUUCAUACAUACAGAAAGUAUAUAAUUAAAUAAUGAUUCUGAAUCUGGUAAUUUACGGGGACGACUGCCACUGUUUUAUGGAAUUUCACGAAUGUAUCCCUAAAUCGAUGGCUAUGCCGCGCCUAACCUGAACCCUAAAUCGAUCCCUAUGCCUAACCUGAACCCUAAAUCGAUCCCUAUGCCUAACCUGAACCCUAAAUCGAUCCCUAUGCCUAACCUGUAACCUGAACCCUAACUCGAUCCCUAUGCCUAACCUGAACCCUAAAUCGAUCCCUCAACCUAACCUAAACCCUAAUUCACUGCAACUAUAAUAAACACACAAAAGACGCUGUGGCAGCCGUCCUCAGAUUUAGCCCUGAAUCUCUGACACUCUAUAAGACCUCUCAUAAAGCUAAAAAUUGUCACCUAAAUUCUAUAAAAUCCAUGAUAUUUAAAUUUGGUUAAUGCCGAGAAUUGGUGCCAUAAUGUAUCGCACGGCUGCCAUCUUGGUUGCCACGACCCGUAAACUUUUAUAAUUAUAGAUUUUUCAAUUAUAAUAACAAUAAUAAUAAAAAGGGCAGAAACAGAAAGUGUCGAAUUAUUGACCAUGCACAUUGCCUCUAAGACAAUUGCGCCCUUUGAAACCCAAUUAUUCCUUGGCCUAGGUCUCAACUCAUCCCACCAAUAAAAUUAGCCUACUACUACUACUUAUUUACAAUUCUCUUUCAUUUUGUUAAUCCUUUAGGCGAUACAUAUUAAAUGUAUUUGAUAGGCAUCUCUGAAAGUGAAGUGGCGAUAAUUUUAUAAUUUAAAGUUAAAGCGCUAAAAUAUACCUUAUUAAGGAUCUCUCAUUUAUGACUUUAAAAUACAAAUUUAACUGAGUAGGCCUAGGUCUGCUUGUAAAAUUAUAAGGAAUUAAUGACUUGAUGAGUUGAUGCACGUUUGCUGCCUCAGUCUUUCCCCUUAAAUUAUUUAGUGUAAUAUUAACAUUUAUUGCAUUUAUCAUCAGAUUUGGGUUAAUUAGUUCACAUUUUGUAGACCUUUGCAUCAUUAUUAUUACCAUACUCAUAGAAAUGAUACAUGAUCCAAUUUUCAUUAAUUAUCAUUGACUCAUUAUCAUUAUAACAACCAUAUAUAAUGAUUAGCAUUUAAUCUAGCCUAUGUACCAUAAUUAAAAUCCAUCAUUAUAUCUCUGGAUUAGUCACUUAUUGGUUUAAAAACUAUCUUGAUCUUAUUCUCCUCAGUAUGUUUGAGGUUGCAGAGCAAUCCUCAGAAUAAAUUAGAGUUUUCAGGCAUCAGCCCAGAGAGAUCCUUUGCAGAUUUUAUCUUUGCACAUGUUAUCCUUCACUUGGUCGUCAUCAACUUCAUAGGAUAAACAUAAACUAAAAGCUGCAUUUAUUUAUGCCAGGUAAGAUUCUAUUUUAUUGAUUUUCAUUAUUAUUUUUUUAAUGACGCAUUGUUUGUUGUUAACUCAUUCCCGACGGUUGCUACUAAAUGGGUCCUUUGGGGGUUUUCUCCUGAUGCGUCCAAAUGUGUCCCGGCGCAUAGCGACACACCUCUCUUAUUUUUAGUUAAAAAUAGCAAGGAAAUCUCGGGUCCCUCGAGACUUCCGGCUAAGGCGUGAUUUCUGCGUGAUUUUAAUUUAGAAACCGGAAGUUUUUAUCUUGUUUCACUUUAAAACUAUGUGUGCUUAAGUAUGGCUAAUCUACAUCUAGCAUGUGUUCGUUCGAGGUGCCAAAAAUCUUUUUUUUGGCCAUUUUUCAUUAUUUUUCCCCCGCUAAUGUUAUAUUUUCAUUCAACCUUAUUUAUUUUUUAAUGCUUAAAAAAAUAUUUAAAAAAUGUAAAUCAAUUUCAAAACUGAGUUGCUUCCCUUUUCUCAGAACAAUAAAUUUUAAGUAUGGAAGUAGCACUGCAGGAGGGAAUGAGUUAAGUACGGAAGUAGCACUGCCGGAGGGAAUGAGUUAAUGUCUGGUGAACUUGUGUGUAUCCGGAAAUUUGAUCGAAAGAAAUUUCGUCGGCGGAAAAUUGAUCGAACAGAAAUUUGGUCCAAUCUUUUUUUCUGUUCAAACGUUUAAGUUUUGUGUCAAAUUUCUUUUUGAAAGCAUUAUUUUGUUUUACUAUAUAGUAUAGUAAAUUUUCUGUCAACGAAAUUUCUUUUGAUCAAAUUUUCCAGUAACUGUACUUGUGUUAUCCCAUUAUAAAUAAAUUUUGGUCACUAACUUCUAGGGUUGCCUGCUCAAUAAAAGAAAUAAGUUAAUGGACAAAUAUGAAGCCAUCCAUAAAUGAUGUCACACUUUGGUUGGGGGUGGGGACAUAAAUUUGUGAAGAUAUGUGAGUGAUGACAAGGUAAAAAAUAUACCAAAAUAUCAUGGCAAUGUCAUUUAUGGAUUCUGAAAAGUCUUUAAAAAUUUUAUUGAAACCAAUUUUAUUGUGUGCAAAUUUUUAACAUUAAAUUUAAAAAUAGAAAUGCAUUUAUCAUAUUUACUGCCAUCCACAUUUCAGAAUCAUGCUUAUAUAAAUGAACACAAAUACUUUUACUUUGUCGCUGAUGCAUACAAUUUCAUUUUUAGUAUAGGUUAUGUUUUUUUAAAUUACAAAUUCUAACCAUGUCUUUUCAUAAGGUUAAUAAAGUUAACAAGUUUGUCUGAUUUUCUGUUCCAGAUGCAUUUUUUUUUGUGUGUAAACUGUUCAUGAUUGAUGCUUACAAGUGAGGACAUCAGAUCAAGGGAAGAGCGAGAAUCAGCACUUUGUUAAGAUGGAAUAUGGUGUCAUAUUUAGUGUUAAAAUCAGUUUUAAAAAAUCCAAAUAAAAUACGAAAAAACUUAUCUACCAUAUUUUACAUCGUUGUUGUGUACCAGGUAGCACUAUAUGAACUAUUGAGGUCUCUAAAUAUUAUGGUGUAAACUAAAGUUGACAAUUUCAAUGGUUAUUUUACACUACAUUUACAGGUGUUUUAAAAUUUAAAAAAGCUUUGUGUAAAACAACAAAAGAAUUAUUUGAAAUUCUAUUAUAAAAUGUACAAUUUUUGGGUAUUACUAGUACCGGUAUUAGUAUUAUAUUUCACAUAUGAUUCUAAGAAAUAACUGAAAGAGCGUGCAAAAUGAUUCUGUUCUUUGUUUAGUGGUAAGAGUUUUAAAGGUGACACAAGGAGACAUUCUAAGAAAAGCUUAACUAUUGCCUUGUUUAUCCUUGGUUGUGCUAAAAAUGUGUAUAAUGGAAAAAAAGGUUGCUCUACUGGUAUAUUAAAUUUGUAAAAUAACACAAAAUAAAUAUAUGUAUAGUAUAAGGUAUAUAUUUACAUUUUGAAAGUCAGUGGAUUAGGAAGUUUGAGUAAAUAUCUUGUCAAGCAGACCUUGCCUUAAAUUGUAAGUGUGAGGUGAAAUAAUUUAAUAACGUCUGUCAAAAUAAAAGGGAAAAAUUUAUUACUGGAUAUACCAAUACCAACAGACAGUGAAGCCAUGCGACUUAUUGAUGAUACUCCUCCUCUCCCCCCCCCCCCUAUAUUUAAAAAAUAGAUUAUCCAUAUAUCCUGCUCUUAUGUCCA